CACCAGCGAAAGUCAAGCCGAUCGACACGCUCACCCAAGGGCCCAAUUUUAUUUUUUAUUUUUAUCCUCGCUCCACGCACGCCGGCCUGUCGCGUCAAGGUCCUCGACGCGCCUCAAUUUACGAGUCCAACUUUCAUUCGCUUUCCCUUUCACCCUCGCCCUUCUCCCCCUACCUCACUCUUUGCUUCAACACCUAGCGACACAUUGACGUGUACAGCUUUCCUAACGCCUCGACUCGUUCCGAUUAUGGACACCAGCACAUCACUUUAGUACCCGCAACACAAUAUAGACAGAACACGUAUAAUCAUACCGAGAUCCAUCGAGGCGAGGACACGGCCGUCAUGGACUUUGACUGGCAUGCACUCGUGUCGGGCGACCUGUCGGCAGCGACUGUCCCUUCUUCUUCGCCUGCGCUAGCGACCACCGCACUACCGCCAUCAUCGAAUCACAGCAACGGCAGCAGCAGCAGCAGUAGCAGCAGCAACGGCGGCGGCUGCGGCAGUAGGGACAAUGCAGGGAUCAGCGAAGGAGCGAGUGCAAACGGCUUGCACGCGUCGACAUCGUCCUCGUCAUCCUCGGUACCUUCCUCGUCGCCACAGCCAGGGAACACAUCUGCCUCAGCUCCACGCAGGAAUGGACACGAGCUCCCGACAAGGCUAAGAGAAAGGAGGGCUUCAAUGGAUGUCAAGGUCCUGUACACGCUCGAGUCGAGCCCAGACUCGACCAUGGUUGCCAGACUUGGAAAGGUCGCGUCCGUCGAGCUCAUCCAUCCGAGCAAGAGGGACCUGGCGGCUUGGAAAGAAGGGCCAAAGGCGCGGCGCGGCGAAGGGCCACCGCUCUUUGGAAAGGUGACGCUCAAGACGUGUCUGAGUGCUAUCUGCACAGCCAGCCCGGAGCUCAUCUUUGAUAGAACGCGCGACUAUAUCCUCUACGCCGUUGACCCAAUUGAGUCGCACAGGGCGACGCAAAAGAGACGCGCGCUGGUCGACUCAUCGAAUUCAAGGAUCAAUGCUCAAGAGGGGCCGUCUUCAACAAGGGCAAAUGACGAGCACCAGCAGAGCCCGUCGAAGGUGGCAGCGCGAUCCUCGUUUCUCGUGGGCAAGGGCCUCUUUAGCUGGGCGCUGGCCGAGCAGGGUGAUGGGGAGUCAAGCGUUGUGGGACGCGUCUGCUCCGAGCAUGCGCACGAGGAUGAGGACGAAGACGAGGACAGAGAAAGAGAAGGCGAAGACGACGAAGAUGAAGACGAGGGCGGUAUCCUCGAGGUCAAUAUCAGGCUCAAAGAGGCUCCCAGCAUCAGCCGCGACCAGUACUUUGACCGCGUUCGAGCAUUCCAGAGCGCUACAACGAAGGGCCGCUCAGAGACUCGCAAAGAGGGGCGAAAGGACAAGACAAAAGGCUCCAAGGGUGACACAAACUCUUCAACUCCGUCGAUGUCAUCUCCACCCCCUUCAUCACCAUUGGCCUCAACGUCGUCUGCGCUCGAGCAAAUGAGAAAGAUCGCGUCGAGAUCGUCAACGCCGGCUGCUCCAGGCGGUGCUUCUGCUCAACAACAAUUACUUCAGCUCCUUCAAGCCCUUCAAGCUCAAGGGCAAUCACCUCGAGACGCACCAAAAUUUCAAGCGACGCACGCGCCCGCUUCCGCGGCAGCGAGUGUACCUGUGGCGGCCGCGACAGCUGCGGCGGCAGCAGCAGCGACGCCCAAUGCACCUCCAAGCCAAGAUCUCAUGUCUCAGUUGCUGCAGUCCCUGAUGGGUGCUGGUUCUUCAAAUGCUUCCACGUUUGCACCACCAAGUCAGCAGCAGCAGCCUCCGAGGGAGGCAACGACAACGGUUAAAAAGCACCGGCCACCGGCAGCAGUGCACGCGGCGUCCAGCCCUCAAUUAGGCACCGUCUCACUUCCUGCACGCCGAAAAAGCCUGUCCACGGGACCUCCUCGUGCCGCAAGCGUCUCAGAUGCUGCUUCGCCAAUCUUGGGAGGCCUGACGCCUGGCUAUGAGACUGGCUACGUUUCGGGACCUAGCCCUGCCGCCAGCACGAGCGCCAUGCCCAAAGUCGAAAAGGCCCCAGAGGUAGCUGUGGCAAAGGAAGGCAGUGAGCGGGAGAGGCAGUGCUGCUACAAUUGCGGCUUGCGAGCGCAACCGGUAUGGAGAAUUGUGAUGUUGCCAGACGAAGAAGUGCGCUUCAGGGACGGUUCGGAGCACUGGCACGAGUCAUCCAAGUUCUACCGGGCGUGCAACGCUUGCGGCCUCUACUUCAACCGAUACAAUGGCAUCUCGAGGCCCGAACACGUCUGGAAGGAGGCGAUAAGAGCUUCGAAGAGAAAAGACAAGAGGAAAGUAGGCGAAGAGGAUGGCGAGGAGUCGAUGACUUCACCCAUUGACGGCGAAUUGGACGACGACGAGAGUGCAGAUGAGCUCCUCCUGCCUGGAGGCGUGAAAAAGUCGUUUUCUCGAACGUUGAGCGAGGCCUGCCAGCGCGACUCGGAGAGACUUGCGAGUGUCGAUGGCGAGACACCUGCGAUCCGUGCCGCAAGGAGGAAACAGGUUGAGGCUGUCAAGGCAACGUCAUGGGACAAGGCCAGGCUCAAGGACUUUGUCAUGGACCAGGAUGGGAAUUGGAGGACAAAACGAAGCGUCAAGGAGAAUCCCGGAGGGCGGCGACCUGGUCGACCAAAAGGAUCGAAGACGGGCAAGGGCGCGGGUCGGACUCGGAACCAAAUCUAUGCGGAAAGGCGAGCGAGACAACAGAUGAUGAUGGCCAACGAAGCGGCCGCGCAAAACGCGAUGGCCGAAGCUUCGUCGCGGCCAAUGCUUCCUCAGAAGCGCGCGACAUUUGCUGCCCAGUCUAGUCCCGUCAGGCCCUCGAAGGCGGCUCGGACUGCUUCGGCCUCUGGCACGGUUCCAUCGGCUGGUAUGGGCCUUACGCCGGGGACGAGCCCAGGCUACAGGUCGCGCUAUGGAGCAGCCGGUUAUCUUCUCGACUCGAGCCCGGCCACAGCUUUCCAGACAGUCUUGAGCGAGGCAGAGACUGACUGGAAUUCACUGUACGGCAUCUUGGGCCAGACACCUCGUCGAAGCCCGAGAAAGAAUCCGCAUGGAACGAUGAGCGGCUUGAACCCUUACGCCAGCACAGCUCAAGCACCUGCGAGCCCCUCGAGCGGCCGAGGCAAAGGACCGACCAUGGAUCACAGCGCCGGUGUGGCCCCCUUGGACCUCAUGGCUAUGACUAGCAGCAGCCCUCUGACACGCGGAAGGGUGCGAUCUGGCCAAUUUACGCUCGGCGAUACGGCGCUGUGGACCUCGAGCGACGGAUUGCAAGGAGGCAAGACGAGCGGGAACGGCUCCAGCAGCAUCACGAGCCCAGGCUCCCCCAGUCCCAGUCCGGCGAGGUUGUAUUCGAAGCUCGUCAAGGGCAAGGCUGCUGGCCCUGCCCUGUCUUCGGCAUCUAAGAACAGUAGCAGAGGGGUCCCCCACAAUCAGUUGAUGGCGGGCGCCAUGUCAAUCGAUGAUCUGCAGAUGCAAGCGAGCUGGGGAGCUGCUUCGUCCCCCUCUAGAGCUCGCAAAGCAGCUCGACAGGCUCGCAACGCACCUCCUGGUUCAUCAUCAACUUCGCAACAGCAACAGCAGAGCAAGAGCGAUGGUGUUCUCGAUGCAGGUCCAUUCAUGGGUCUCAGCGUCCUGGAGACGGAGGAUGACGAUGGGAUCAACAACUUUGUCGGAAAUGCCAGCCCUACCCUGGGUCGCUCUCUACGUAGGAAAGGUCACACUUCCAAGAUGCCAAUCCCCGAUCUCGAACUGCCACCGGCGUCAGCGCGUACCUCUCCCACGGUCGACUUUGAUUUCUCGACUGGAAGCAGCGGGAUUACUGUGCCUUCUUCCACCGAAGCCGCAUCUUCAAGCGCAGGUGUCAAAGUGGAAGCAUCGUCUGUUAUGAACCACAACGACGAAUACGACUUUACCGACUGGACACAAUCGUCCAGUAUGCGAGAGCUCUUUCCCACGCCCAGCCCAGUCAAAGGAUGGACCAAUGGUGGAUCAACAGCGCAAAACGGCGAACAGACCAAGGGCGAAACAAGCCCAGAUCCGACGGCUGCCCUUUGGAGCGACAGUCCAAGUGCGAGCGCAGCUGCUGCCAUCGCUUCGGCGGCAGCAGCGGCUGCGGCUGCGGUGGCCCCUGACACUCAGAUGCCGAUGGCGCCGAAGGAAGUCACCGUGACGGCCGAACCAGCUCUUAGCUCUGGUGUCGACAAAGAUGAGCAAGAUCUCCCGAAGGCAGAAAGCAGUCAAGAGAACGGUGCAAAGACGGAAGAAAAGGCCGAAUCUCAGCAGGAUCAGCAUCUCCAGAUCAUCCGCCACCGCAAACCCCUUCCAGCGACGGUUGAAGACGCAUCUCCGUCUGCAUCGUCUGCGAUGGGAGCUAAUGAUGAUCCAAUGUUUGGAAGUGACGAGGACGACGACGAUGAGGAAGACGAGCUGGAGGGAGAGGGCAAUCAGGCUACGACGCUGGAGAAGCUCAUGGAGAUGUUUGAGGAUCCAUAUGGGCUCUUGGCUGCUUCGGGCAUCGGAGGCGCAAACCGGAUCGAGCAGCAGGGCCAGACGAGCACCGCCAUUGAAACUACGACGACGACCGCAGGAGCAGCAGCAGCAGCCUCCACGAGCACGGCGGGAGAUCAGGCGCCGGCCCCAGAAGUCAGCUUCGAUCAUUUGGAGGCCAUCGAGCUUUUCCAAUCGAUGGACUUCGCAAAGCAAUUUGACUUCUUCACUCAGGCCGGCAGCACCGGCAUCGCGGCGCACCACGUCAUCGAGCCCGCAGAGGAGUCUUCUUCGGAAGGGGCAGCAGGUGCAUCUUCCUCGGUGAAGCAGGUGACGAGCAGCCACCAAGAAGCAGUCUAGGCGUGGUGGGUAAAGCAGUGGCAUUAUACAAAUUGGACAGAGCCGGAUGUACUUGUAUCGUAUCUCAAAUGGGUUAGUGAACCAAGAUGGGAGGGAAUCAAAUCAGUGAUAAUAUACAGC